AUGGAAAGUAUCCAGGGCUGGUUAGAGAAAAUAUUUUACUUUUCUACCGAGCCGACUCAACUACCAGGCUCGGCGUACAGUCUGGUCGAGACGAAACCACCACUUCCCGUUAAAGUCGGUCAGUGUGGCGCGGCGACGAAGAUGGCGUCGAUCUACGACAUGGUGGAGCCGAUGUCGUAUCUGUGCGUGAGUGUGGUGAAGGCGCGGGACCUGCCCACCAUGGACAUCACCGGCGCGCUGGACCCGUACGUAGAGGUAAAGCUGGGAAACUUCAAGAGCGUGACGCGGCACCUAGAGAAGAACGCCAACCCGGUGUGGCGACAAAUGUUCACCUUCUCUGCCGCCCACCUGCAGUCCAACCAGCUUGAGGUUAUCGUCAGGCACAAGGAUGUUCUUCGUGCCGACUUUGUUGGCCGCGUCGUCUUCGACAUGUCCGACAUCCCCAGCUGCAUCCCACCUGACAGCCAGUUGGCCCCGCAAUGGUACCACCUUUCCGAUGCCCACGGCGAGAGGUUCCCCCAUGGCAAUAGCCUCGGCGAGAUUAUGCUCGCCGUUUGGCUUGGCACGCAGCCUGAGGAGACCUUCCUAGAGGCGUGGCACUCAGGUACGCACUCCCUCUCCCGAGAGAGGCUCAUGAACACGCGCUCCAAGGUGUACUACUCCCCCAAGCUCAUCUACCUCAAGGUCUUCAUCAUCACGGCGCAAGACCUCUUCGGCGCUGACAAGGACCGACCGCUGGCGGCGGCCAUCGCCAAGAUCCAGAUUGGCAACCAGAUAAGGAGGACACGGCCGGGGCAACUGCAGGGGUCGGCGAACCCGGCGUGGAACGAGGAGUUCAUGUUCGUGGUUAGCGAGCCAUUUGAGGACCCCCUGGUUGUGACGGUGGAGGAGAAGGUUGUCGCCGGGAGGGACGAGCCAAUCAGCCGUGUUAUCAUCCCUGUGGCCUCCCCGUAUGUGCCGCGCAACGGCCUGGUCAAGUCGGUGCCGUCAAAAUGGUUCACCCUAUUGCGCCGCAUGACGGUGGAUGAGGCAGCGGCGGACGUCACGACGGGGAUCAAGCACCGAGAGCACUCCAAGACGUUCACCAGCAAGAUCCAGCUUAGGAUGAGCCUGGAGACGGCGUACCACGUGCUGGACGAGUCAACGUGCUACAUCAGCGACCUGCAUCCAGCGGCGAAACUCCGCAAGAGCGCCAUUGGCAUCCUGAAGGUGGAGAUCCUGGGCGCUCGUGACCUGGCCGUGGGCGUGGAGAACCCGUACGUGGUCGCCAAGUACGGCAGGAAGUGGGUGCGCACACGCACUCUCCUCAACACCACCGCGCCGCAGUGGAACGAGCAGCACACCUGGGAUGUGUUCGACGUCAGCACGGUCAUCACCAUCGCAGUCUUCAACGACUCCCACGGCGUUGCCAAUGACCAGAGGAUCGGCAAAGUGCGCAUUCGCGUCGCCACCCUCGAGACGGAUCGCAUGUACACCCAGUACUAUCCUCUCAUGGUGCUUACCCCGUCCGGGCUGAAGAAGAUGGGGCAGCUCCAUCUUGCAGUCCGCUUCACCUGCAAGUCUUGGCCCAAAAUGCUGGCCAUGUACGGCAAACCACUGCUUCCCGAAUUGCACCACACCAACCCCAUCCCCGCGCCACAGAUGGACUACCUCCGGUUUAAGGCCAUGGAGAUGGUGGCCUCGCGGUUGGGCAGGGCCCAGCACCCACUGCGGAGGGAGGUGGUGGAGUCCAUGCUCGACUUCGACAACCGCACCUACAUGUUCAGCCUGCGACGGAGCAAGGCCAACUUCUACCGGAUCACCUUGCUCUUCUCUGGCGGCGUCGCGGUCGCCAAAUGGUUGGACGGCAUCUGCAAGUGGAAGAACCCACCGACGACGAUUUUGGUGCACGUGGUGUUCCUGAAGCUGGUGUGCUGCCCGGAGUUGAUCUUACCCGUCGUGUUCCUGUGCAUGAUUAUUAUCGGGGCGUGGAACUACUUCAGGCGGCCACGGAGAGCUCCAAACAUAGACACGGUGCUGUCAUGCGUGGAGCUCGCGCACCCGAACGAGCUGGACGAGGAGUUCGAUGGACUGCAGCCACCGCACAUAGAUGCAAUGUUGCGGUGGUACAAUGAUGUGUCAUACCCGGACGAGCUGGACGAGGAAUUCGACACGUUCCCGACAUCCAAGCCAGAUGACAUCGUGAGGCUGAGGUAUGAGCGGCUGCGGAGCCUCUUUGGGAUGGUGCAGACGGUUGUCGGCGACCUGGCUGCGCAGGGGGAGCGCGCGCAGUUACUGCUCCGCUGGCACGACCCCAGGUUGACGCCCGUCUUCAUUGCGCUCUCACUGGUGAUGCCCGUCGUACUGUACCUGACGCCGUUCCGGGUGGUUGCCAUGGUGAUGGUGCUAUACUUCCUCCGGCCCCCGUGGUUCCGAGGCCGGACCAACCUGCUCCUCAACUUGUACAGUCGUCUGCCUUCCAGUGACGACGUGAUGCCAUAAGGGUUUUUGUUUCCUGCAAUGAGCGUGAGGAGUUAUUCUCUUUCUUUCUUCGUUUUGAUCGACUAUAUA